GUUUCCUUAAUGCAACAAUGCCUUAGCGUCUUAAUUUCUGAAAGCACACACCGUUCCAUCUUCCAUGGAAUCCACACUUUGCCUCCGCAAUGGCCCCCUGCCCAGUGUACCUCUACGCAUCUCUUUCCCUCUGAGUGCUACAAGGUUAACCAAGCCUAAUUUCAGCUCUAACCACUCCUCUCUUUCACUACCUAACAGUUCCUACCGACGUCCACUUAGGCAUGCCUUCAGUCCCAUUUUUUGUGCAGUAAAUAAGUUCCCAACACCAUCAACGAAUAAUGAAAGUGACAACAAAAUUGUAAGAGGAACCGUAAGGGUGUCUCUUGUAUUGGCAUGUGUUCUUGGUAUCAUCAGUUGUAGGAUGAGUCCAAUUGCCAAUGCAGCUACUUUGAUGACUCAGAGAAAAUCUCCAAUUGUGCCAUCAUCUGAUUUCUACCCAGCGGGUGGGAGACCCGCAAUGAAAUCAUUUUUGGAUACUAGUGCAUACCUGGCUUCACGUCUAACAGAGUCCAAAAAGACAAAGCUGUUUGCGACUAAUAAAAGGCCUUCAGCACAAGAUGUUCAAGCCCUUAAGGAUGAUGCAAUGGAGCUAAUGAAAUCUAAAAAGGGUGAUGAAAUAGUGAAGGAACUGCGAGAAGCAUAUAAGUUCUUUAAGAAUGAUCCGGAGCCUGCAUUCUAUGUGGAGAUGACAUUGGUUGAAGUUCUCAUCUAUCUGGGAAAAUAUGAAGAAGCCUUAGAAUGCAAGUGUCUCAAAAAGCCGGCUAUCAAAGCAGAUGCUCGAGUUGCUCUUUACAAGGCUAUUAUAUAUACUAUGAUGAAUGAAAAGGAAUCUGCUAGGGAAUGCUGGACUGUAUUCAUAAAGGCUAUUGAAGAAGGAUUACCCGGUUAACUCACCUAAUUUUGUUUGCAUAUGCACAAAGUGAGCGGAAUAUUGAGAGCAAGUUGGUUGCAGCCAGAAAAGCAUUUGGGAUAUUUCAUUCCGUUUUUAAUAGAACUGUAUUUAUAUAAAAAUAUCAUUUGAUUUUUCUUACCCAAAAAAAAAAAAAACUUUUGAAUGGUUCAUGACUAUAAAGAAUAUAUAGAGGAAGCAUUAGUUUUAAA